AUGGGUCGACGCCAUCGUCGAUCCAAGGUGACCCGCGUGGUCAAUCUGGUGAAGCGGAUCAUCGCCUUCUUCUUCUCGCAUGUGGGGUUGUGUGCGCUGGUAAGGGUGGUCAUCUUGUUGUACUUGUCGUAUCAUAAGUUACACGAAACAUUUCGAUGAUCUCUCAGAGUCAUAUUGACUACCGAAUAUUCAGGUUGUGGGCUAUGCGUUGUUGGGUGCAGUCGUCUUCAGAGCCGUCGAAUUACCACACGAAACCGAGGUCCAAAGGGAUGUGUUCUUGGCCAGACAAAAAGCUGUGGAUGUGGCUUGGAACGCCACUUUCCGCGUAAACAAAUUGGACCGAAUACAGUGGGAAAAGAUUGUUUAUACGGAGGUAAUUCUUAUCAAGAUACCAUUAACCAUUCUUUGACUAUCUGAAACCAAUGUUUCUCGACUUAAAAUCGACCAAAACUGGGAUAAAUCAUCAUUUUUCAGAUCAAAAAGUUCCAGAAAAAGUGCAUGAAGGCAAUUCGACAGGGAUACGACGGGAAAGAGCACGGGGUUUCGGCUCAAUGGACUUUCACAGGGGCCUUUCUUUAUUCACUUACUGUAAUUACAACCAUUGGGUACGGCAACACGGCGGCCAAGACGUACAUCGGCAAGACGCUGACCAUUUUAUUCGCCAUUAUCGGAAUACCUCUUAUGCUUCUUUUCUUGACCAACAUUGGCGAUGUAAUGGCCAAGAUUUUCAGGUAAUUUAACGACAGCUUAACAGAGUAUUGUAGCUGUUAUUUAUAUCUUAUUUUUCUUUUUUUGUAGGUUUUUGUACGCUAGAUCCAUUCGACUGAAAUACAAGCUGAUUUUAUGGCAUAAGAAACGACGGGCUGCGAAAAUACGAAGAGCAAAUUCGUUGGUGGCCAAGUUGGCCAAGUCUUCGUCAAGUCGGCAUUGUAAGAAGACUUCUUUUUAGUCAUCAAAAAAUAUAUUUUUAAACAAAAAUCAUAAUUUUUUUGUAGAUCUCGACCUGAACUCGUUCCGUGGCUUCAAUCGUGACGAUUGCUCGUUAGAAUCGCUCGGUUUGAGUGUGAAUAACACCAGCGACGUGCACGAACUCCUCGCUGCCAAGGCGCAUCUGGAUCAGCUGGAAGUGAAGGAGAGCGUCGAGGCUCAACUCCAACGCAUAUCGGUCCCGCUUUCACUGGUUCUGUUCACCAUGCUCGCCUAUUUGGUGGCGGGCUCGGUUUUAUUUUGUCUGUGGGAGGAAUGGACCUUCUUGGACUCGUUCUACUUUUGCUAUAUCUCGCUCACAACCAUUGGUAAGUGCGUUAGAAGGGAUUGGAUUAGAGAUCUCUGUGGUUUAUUGGCUACGUCAUUCUUUGUUUUGGGGGAAAUGGCAUGCGUAAUAUAAAUUAGAUUAUAUCGGCCGAUUUAAAAAGUUUAUUUAGGUGAUUUUUUGCUGUAAGGGACGUUUAGUAAGUGAAUUCUUACUGUAACAAAAAAUUUUUUUUGAAUUGCUGCAACUUGAAAUUUAAAGGGACAUUUGAAGUUGUAGUAGGGGAGAGUAGGGGAGAUGUAUAUAAAACAUGUUUAAGAGGUCAAAGGUCAUAUAUAAAUGUAUCGUUUUUGCAAUCAAACGAUUCUCUAGACCUUUAUACAUCUUUAUAUUGCACUUUCCAGGCUUUGGCGACAAAUUCCCGGGCGCCUCGGUGGGAAAUGACAAAAAAGCGCAGGAAAAGUUGGUCAUCACCAGUGUUUAUCUCCUAUUCGGCAUGGCCCUUCUGGCCAUGUGCUUCAAUCUGGCUCAAGAGGAAGUGGUGAACAAGGUGGCUUGGCUGGCCAACAAAUUCCGCUCCCGCGAUGAGGACGAAUAUGAUUAA